CGCCCGAUCGCUCUCAGUCGCCGCUCCGAUAGGACCGCGGCCGCUCGUCUCGCGAAGGCACACGCAACUGCCACACCACUCGCCAAUCGCUUCCGAUAUCGAGAAAGUGAGUGAUCGUGUUUGAAAAUCGAAUAGGAUUUUGUUUCGAACGCCGUGUCGACUCCCCUUCGAUAAAUAACCGGCUGCCCCUGCAAAAGCACAGACAAGACUGCAACCAUUAACACCUUUUUCUGUCAACCUCUUCGCUGAUAACACAUGUCACUGUCAUUAUCCAGCUGACAGUUCAGCGGACCGCACGCAGGCUUACAUUUCUCAAAUUCUAUUUUGUGAAAUCUAACAGUGUAUGAACGAAAUGAGGAUAGGAUCUCUGAAAAGAUAGCAUUCGUUUUUUCAUCGUCAAUAGUGUUGUAGUGAUGGCGUCGUGGAAAUCAUGUGGACUGUGGACAGUGCUAGUGUUGUGCCUUUUCGGGAAGAUUUCUGGACUGGACAAUGGGCUGGCGCUCACCCCUCCCAUGGGGUGGCUCGCGUGGGAAAGGUUUAGGUGUAAUACGGACUGUAAGAAUGACCCUGACAACUGCAUAAGCGACCGGCUGUUCCGCACGAUGACGGACAUCCUGGUGACGGAGGGCUACGCGGCCGCCGGCUACGAGUACAUCAACGUCGACGACUGCUGGCCGGAGCGCGAGCGCGACCCGCGCGGGAAGCUCGUCCCGGAUAGAGAGAGGUUCCCGUACGGGAUGAAGAGCUUGGCUGAUUAUGUACACAGUAAAGGGUUGAAAUUCGGCAUCUACGAGGACUACGGCAACUUCACUUGCGCUGGAUACCCCGGCGUGGUCGGCCAUCUACAAGGCGAUGCCGCCACAUUCGCCUCCUGGGGCGUGGACUACGUGAAGCUGGACGGGUGCUACGCCCUCCCAGCUGAUAUGGACCACGGGUACCCUGAGUUCGGGAUUGAGCUGAACCGCACCGGCCGCCAGAUGGUGUACUCCUGCAGUUGGCCCGUCUACCAGAUUUAUGCUGGGAUACAGCCCAACUUUUCAUCGAUCAUCGAGCACUGCAACUUGUGGCGCAACUUCGACGACAUCCAAGACUCUUGGGCCUCCGUCGAGUCUAUCAUAGACUACUACGGAAAUCACCAGGACGUCAUCGUGCCGAAUGCUGGACCAGGGCACUGGAAUGACCCUGAUAUGUUGAUCAUCGGCAACUUCGGCCUGUCCUACGAGCAGAGUAAGACCCAGUUUGCGAUCUGGGCGAUCCUGGCGGCGCCGCUCCUCAUGAGCGUGGACCUGCGCACCAUCAGGCCGGAGUACAAGGCGAUCCUGCAGAACAGGAAGAUCAUCGAGGUGGACCAGGACCCGCUGGGCAUCCAGGGGAGGAGGAUAUACAAGCACCGAGGAAUAGAAAUCUGGUCCCGGCCCAUCCUGCCCAUCCAGGGUCAGUACUACUCGUACGCGGUGGCUUUCGUGAACAGGAGGACCGACGGGACCCCGUCCGACGUGGCCGUGACGUUGAGGGAGCUGGGACUUAACAACCCUGCUGGAUAUAGAGUUGAAGAUCUGUACGAGGAUGUAGACUACGGCGUGCUGUCCCCACAGACCAAAAUCAAAGUGAAAGUCAACCCCUCAGGUAGUGUGGUGAUCCUGCGAGCGGACGCGCAGCCCUCCUUCGCAUUCAAUGCGAUCCCGACGCGGACAGCGUACACGCCGCUCAACGACGUUUUCCGACUGACCAAGAAAUAACGCCAUCUAUGAGCGCGCCCCGACAACAAACAUGAGCGUAUCUUGACUUUAACCAGUGAUUUUGAUGAUAGACAAUGUAAUAGAAGACGUAGGGUUGGCGUUAGCAGAGUGAUUUUCAUAAAUAUUGCAAAUACGACCAUUUUAAUAGUUAAUACAAAAUUUAAUAUUGAACGAACGAUAACAUCAGUGAGCGUUCAAAAAAGCUUCUUUUCAAACCAAAUCCUGAGAUAUUUUAUUUUGAUCGUAUUUGUGGUAACAUUGUAGAGUAAUAAUUUUAUAAAGGCAAUAGAGUGGUGAUAAUAAUGUUAAAUAGGAGAUAUUUAAACCUUUCUGUAACACCUGUUGAAAUUUUAUUGCAAUGUUUUAUUUUUUGUUAAGUUUAAUCGUUUUAAUCAGAGAUACGCUCAUAACCUUGAAGUUAUGGAGAUGUACAGUACGGUAAAGUAAAAACGCCAUAAGAUAAUGAUUUAUGGACUUCUUAUUAUUCUUUUCCAUACAAACAGUACUAGUUAGUUCAACUUUGAUGAUUUUGUCAUUGGAUAUUUAUGUAUUCAAUCUGACUGACGAAAUCUUUGUAAAUAGCACUGAGUUUUCACUCAAAGUAGGAAGACUUUUUGAUAAAAUCAUAUCACCGCGUUGUAUGUCUCCUUAUAACGCCAUCUAUUAACAAUUCCGAGAACUGAAUCUCAAGUCAAUCUCGAUAAGAUCUACAAGUACAAUUUAUUUUGAACUCUCUAAAUUAAUCUUUUAAUUGGAAUGAAAUAUAGUUACCAACCGUUGUGUUUCAAACUUGCCCUAGUUUAUAUUUUAUUUAUGUUUCAUUGUCUAGUGUGAUGAGAUGAUAAUAU